UGCUUGCUGAAUUAUUUGUUUCUUCUGAAUUUUGCUAUACUCCUAUUGUUUAAUAUUUAACAAAACAAAUGUAGUGAUACGUAGUCUGUGAAACUUAUUACGGUAUUCUUAAUUUCACCGUCAAUAUAAAAAGGCGUAAUAUUUACCAAUAUGACGGAUACACAUAGACAACUUCGCCUUGGAAAAUGCAUUGAGGAUUUGGACAAAUUGCACAAUGUACCUGAACUUAAGACGAAAAGAGCCAAGAUUCUAUGCAAUACAGCACAGAAACUAUUUGAGACUGCAGAGGAGGCCCGGGUGAAUGGUGAUGAGGAAUCUUCAUAUGUUUACUACAUGAAGUACCUCCGAGUUAUCGCAUACAUAAGUAAGGACAAAGAGUAUUUGAAGGAGAAAACGUAUUUUAACAGUCUGCUCGGUACAAAGAAUCCAAACAAAGCUAUUGAUGCUGCUGAGAAGCUGAAGAGUAGCUUGAUCGACAGAUAUGCCAAAGAGAAGAAAGCGAAAAGAUUGAAUGAUAUAAAGGAGAAUGAGUUAUUCAAACAAAAUAUAGAAGAGAACAGAAAGAAACACAUGGAGAUAGUCACAAUCAAUGAACCACCAGUUUCAGGAUUACCAGGUCCUGAUGAGGUCACGAUCAAGAGUGAGCAGCUGUAUGCGAUACUGAAGAGUGGUAAACACAAAGUGAUGAUACUAGACGUGAGACCUGGCAGUGCGUACAUUGAAUCCCAUAUUGAUUACAACAUGUGUAUCAGUGUACCGGAAGAAUGUAUAUCACCAGGUCAAUCAGCGCAUGUUUUGGAGCAGAACCUUCCGUCUGCUUCCAAGGAGGUGUGGGCUGAACGCGCCACCAUGAAGUUGAUCGUGAUCCUGGAUUGGAACAGCACUGAAGUCAUACCAGGGAAAACCUUACAUCUCCUCAAGACUAUAUUGCUCAAGUGGGAUGUGAAAGUCCACUAUGCUCGACCGCCAGUGGCUCUCAAAGGUGGCUAUGAGGAUUGGCUGCUCAAAUACCCGGCGUUCACUACCAACCCACAAGCAGUGCCGCCCAGGCAGGAGGAGUUCCUUGAUGAUAUGCUUAGUGAAAUUGACUACCCGAACUGGUCUGAUCUAGUUCCAGUGACGCCGCCAUCCAAACCCAAACAGAUCCAAGCCAAGCCAGGUGAACCAAUGAUCGACCGGGCUAGUAAGGCUGUAGCAGUUCAGAUAUAUGAGGAGCGAGCUCGGAUGCAGUCCAUAUUGGAGCAACAGGAGCGUCUCGCAGACACUUCACUGACCCUUGAGAUGCAGCGGAUAGAAGCUGAACAGGAUUGGGAGAAGGUGCGGGUACAGCGUGAAAGCGAGGAGCAGGAUGAAGUGCGAGCUAUGUUCAAGCUGCGAGAACAGGAGAUCAUAUCGCAGCUGAUGCAGCUCGAGAACAGGCAGUAUGAUAUGGAACAAGAGAACCAGAGUUUACGCGAGCAGCUCGAAGAGUAUCAGCGACGGGAGCGUGAAGACGCAGCCAAGCUCGCUGACUCCAUCGCCAGUGCGGCUCAAGACAACGAUACUGAAGCGGAGCGAGCCCGGCUGGCCAGCGAAGCCGCGGCUGCGGAGCGAGAGGUGGAGGCCGCGCGGGCGCGCAUCGACAGCAUGCACGCGCAGCGCCUGCAGCUGGACCGGCGCCGCGCGCGGCUGCAGGCCGAGCGGCUGCGCAAGCUGCAGGCCGCCCGCCGGGCCCGCAAGCCCGACCCGCACGAUGAUGACAGUGAUACUUACAUGGGAUCCCCUGACAGUCCAGGGGCUACCGGACUCAACCGUUCUCAUUCUUCUCCAAAUAUACCAAAGAUGCCGUCUGAAGAGGAGGAGAUGAUAGUCCCAGCAGUGGACCGCAGCACGAAGCCGAAUAAGGUGGCGCCCUCCAGCGAGAUGUACCAGCGCGACUUUCAGCCCGUCUGGGGCGAUGUUGAGCGCGGUCUCACCGGCCUGAAGAACCUCGGCAACACCUGCUAUAUGAACUCGAUAAUACAGUGUCUCAACAACACAAACACACUGGUCACGUAUUUCUGCAAGGGACAGUAUCUAGGACACGUUAACAGAUCACACAGCACGCGGGGUGCUAUCGCUGAGGAGCUGGCGGCGGUGGUACGAGCGCUGUGGUCGGGACAGUACCGGUUUAUAGCCAUCAAGGACCUUAGGAACGAGGUGGGCAAACACCAGCGCACGUUCCGCGGCUGCGAGCAGCAGGACUCCCACGAGUUCCUCACCAUCCUCAUGGACUGGCUGCAUCUAGAUCUGCAGUUCACGCUGAACGUGCCUCCCAAUAAGGAUGAUUUGCCAGCGUCUGAGAAGGCGUGGUACGAAUACACCAAGUCCAAGGAGAGCUUCAUCCUGCAGCUGUUCUACGGGCAGAUCAAGUCGACAGUCAUGUGUAAAGUGUGCAGCAAACAGAGCAUCACGUACGAGUCGUUCUCAAAUCUGUCAUUGGAACUGCCCGCCAACUCCAACCGCUGUUCGCUCAGUGACUGCCUCAGACUGUACCUGAACGGCGAAACGAUACCAGGAUGGAACUGUCCUAACUGCAAACAGAAGAGGGAUGCUGUGAAGAAACUAGACAUCUCCCGGCUCCCGCCCAUCCUAGUCAUACAUUUCAAACGGUUCUACGUCGACCCCAAAGAGUAUAUGUGUAAUACAUAUAGAAAAAAACAGACGUACAUAGAUUUCCCUUUGGUGGACUUAGAUAUGCGGCAGUUCUCGUUGCACUGUCCCAGUAAACAUAUAUAUAAUUUAUAUGCGGUUUCUAACCAUUAUGGGUCAAUGGAAGGUGGACAUUACACGGCGUAUUGCAAGAAUACUGUGAAUUUCAAGAAUACGGCGUAUUGUAAAAAUAAUGUAUAUGGAAAAUGGUACAAAUUCGACGACCACGUGGUAUCCGAAAUAUCGUCCAGCGAAGUGAAGUCAAGCGCGGCGUACAUACUCUUCUACUCCUCGCGGGAGCCGUCACGCCUCUCGUGAUGGAAGCACCCCCGUCACCCUCGUCACACUCGUCACGUUCGUCACACUCAUCACGCUCGUCACACACGUCACUUUGGUCACACGCGCCCUAGUUGGCCGGCUGACAAACCUGGCUUGUUCAUGACGGCAAAUAGAAAUCGCAAAAGCCUGUUCCAAACUAAACUAACCUAUCAGAAACUACCAAUUUUAAAAUCAUAUGAGAUUUUAAUGUGAAUGUAGUUAAAGUUAAUAUAUUCGACGGUAUUUCUACGUCUUGUGUAAGCAGGAUGGAUGUGGUUUGUUGCAUCUCUUUCUAUCAAACAGUAACUGCGAUUGGUGUGAACGGGAUAGAAUGAUAAUAUAUGAUUUAUAUUGUUUUCUAGAUCAUAUGAUGGUCUGAAACUAAUAUUACAAAUGCGAAAGUGUGUUUGUUUGUAAGGUACAUCUUCACGAGCAAACAGCUGAACGGAUUUUAAUGAAAUUUAAUAUAAAAAUAGAUUACAUCUCGUAAUUUGAAAGGGGGUGAAAUAGGGGAUGAAAGAUUAUGCAGACGAAGUCACGGGUAACAGUUACUGAUGUACAAAAGUCUAUACUAUUUAUUUUUGAAUGGUAUCAAUAUUUUAGUAUCUACUUACUACUAUUAUAGUAAUAUUUUUAUAAACUUCCAAUAUUAAAUAUUAUGUAUAGAAAAUGUAUGGAACAGGCUUCAAAGCUUUAUGUGACAAAUAUACAAAAUACAAGAUCUGUCGUAAAGGGUGUAUUUACUAAGUCUGACUGUUUGUAUCGGUCUGAGUGUUUUCUAUAUAUAUAUUUAUGAAAUAAGAUCGCAUUCGAGUAAACUUUUCUUAAGAUAGUCCUGGCGUCUAGCGUUUCUGCUAACCGCUUUACUUCCGAUGGUCUCGCGUUCUAUACAUCGUACAAUGCAUAUGUUUUGUAUUCAUGAGUAUGUUUGUUAUUAUUUUUUUGUGGAUGAUAAUGCACCAUUCGGGCUCCCGCCUGCGUUAAAGGUUUACGCUGGCGGGGCACCAGUGGAGGAUGAUAAGAUGAGCAUGAGGUCAGGUCAGUUAGCCCA